AUGAAGCAACGUACAUUUAUUAUCUGUUUUAUUAUUUCUCUGUUAUGUGUUUUUCUGAAUGGUAAUCCUCAUGAUGAUAUAGAAUUACAUAGGUUAACUCAACGAAGUUCAUCGUCAAGCUUUACACCAGAUCAACGUAAAGUUCAAAAGAAAGUUUUACAUGCACAUAAUACUUAUCGAUCAGAACAUUGUACACCAUCUUUAAAACUUGAUGAUGAUCUUAAUCAUUCGGCACAGAAAUAUGCUGAAGAACUUGCUAAAACAAACACGUUUGACCAUAGUGACUUAUAUCAUUUAGGAGAAAACCUUUUCAAAAUGAGUAGCAAUUUAAAAAUCGAUGAUUUUGAUGAACCCGCUGCUCAAGCUGUUCGUGGAUGGUAUGAUGAAAAAUCAAAGUAUGAUUUUGAUGAUCCAAAAUUUACUGAAGAAGCAGGUCAUUUUACUCAACUCUUAUGGAAAGAUUCGAAAAAACUUGGUGUUGGUUUUGCUAUUGGAAAACAUAAAUCAAAACAUACAUUAUAUAUUGUAACACAUUAUUUACCAGCAGGCAAUGUUGAUGAACUUUUUUCAGAAAAUGUUCUUUCUGCUGAUGAAUGUUAG